AUGAUUGAAAUUAUAGAAAUUUUCUUUUUUUGGCUUUUUUUUUUUCAGAUUUUUCAAAGUUAUGCACAAAAUCUAUCUGAUACAGAAUGGUUUUACCAGCUUCAGUGUAGGAAUACUGCAUUUGUGUUUAAUACAUAUUGUUUUUCUUUGGAAGAUGAUAUUCUUGAAAGAUACCCUUUUGCAAAUAAUGGAGAAUUUAAUGGAAAGUUUAAAAAAGAAUUCGAAAAUCUUGUUGAAUCUUUAUUUUUAUCUUUUGAUGACUGGAAGAAACAUAGUGUUUUUGAUACUUUAAACAGGAGUGAAGUAAAUGAUUUUAAUAAUACAGAAGAUAAUUCUAAAUAUUAUAUUAAUGAGUCAUUUUUCCAUGAUUUUAAAAAAAUGGAUCAGGUAUAUACUGAUAAUGAUCUUAGGGAUAACCAAAAAGAUAAAAUACAUAUUGAAACCAAUAGUUCUUCUGGAAAUUUUUUGUAUAACUUAUUUAAUCAUAGUGGUCGUUCGAAAAUAUUGCCUAAAGAAAGAUUUAAUUAUGCAUCAGCUGAUUGUGCUGCCUCUGUUUUGAAAGCAAAUGCAGAAGCAAAAGGUGUAGCAUUUAUAUUAUCGUCAAAUAAGGAUCGUUAUAUGCUGAAUAAAUGUUCUGCUAAUAAUAAAUUUGUUAUUAUUGAACUUUGUAAUGAUAUUCUCAUUGAUACAAUUGUAUUAGGUAAUUUAGAGUUUUUUUCUUCUAGUUUUAAAGAUUUUCGUAUUUCUGUUUCUGAUAGAUAUCCUGUUAAAAGAUCUUUAUGGAAAGAAUUGGGUAUAUUUACAGCUAUGAAUAUAAAAGAUAUUCAAACAUUUACUAUUACUAAUCCUUUAAUAUGGGCAAAAUAUUUGCGUAUAGAUUUUUUAACGCAUUAUGGUGAUGAAUUUUAUUGCCCAGUUACACUUUUGAGAGUUUAUGGUACAACAAUGAUUGAAGAAUUUAAAUAUGAUGAAAAUGAGUUUGAGGAAAAUAAUCAGUCUGGAACUGAAUCAAGUUUUAAGGAGUAUUCUUUUGGAAAGCAAAAAACAAAUUAUCCUAAUAAUAAAAUUUCUGAAAUUUCAUCUUCACCUUUUCAAUAUUUUGUUGGUACUCCAAUAGUUAUCGAUUAUGCUGUUAAGACCUUAAAUAAUAACAUAAAUCACAACAUGGCAUCAUAUCCAUUAUGUUUUAUUUCUACGUUAAAAAAAUCUUUAAAUAAUUAUGAUUAUCAAAUAUCAGCUUUAUUUUUAAAAGAUCUUGUUUGUUCAGCUUUGAAUAACCAUAGUAAUCAGGACCUGAAUUUAGUAUCUGAAAAAAUGAAUUCAUCUUUUGUUUCUCUUGUUUCUAAUGUUUCUACUGAAUUACCUACAAAGUCUACAUUAGUUCAAGGAAUAGGUACACAAAUAACUCAAAGUAUUAAACAACAAUCUUCACCUUCGAAUACAGAAAAUGUAGGAAUGCAAAAAAAUAUAUAUAAAAACAUUAGUAAAAGGUUAUCUUUUUUGGAAAUAAAUACGACUCUUUAUUUACAGUAUAUUGAGCAACAAUCUAAAAUAUUAAGGAGUAUAUUUGUUAAAAUGGAAAAAGAACAUGAUGAUAAAAUAGAUUUUAUUAUUCGAACUUUAAAUUCUACUUUAUUUUCUCGCUUAGAUAUAUUUAAGCAUCAGUAUGAAGAAUUAUGGCAAAUUAUUACAACAGAAAUUGAAUAUCAAAGGACUAGAUUAAAAAAUGAUAUAAAUAUAGUUACUUUUAAAAUGGAAUAUUUAUCUAAUGAGAUUUUGAUUCAAAGAUGGGUUAUUAUUUUUCAGUUUUUGGUUUUGUUUACUAUUCUUGUUUUUUUUGUUAUUAAACAAUUUGCUUAA